CUUUACAGCCUUCUCUCACUGCGCAGGCGCAUAGAGUGAGCCAAGAUGGCGGCCCCCGUGGAUCUGGAGUUGAAAAAGGCCUUCACAGAGCUUCAAGCCAAAGUUAUUGACACACAGCAGAAGGUGAAGCUUGCAGACAUACAGAUUGAACAACUAAACAGAACUAAAAAGCACGCACAUCUUACAGAUACAGAGAUUAUGACUUUGGUAGAUGAGACUAACAUGUAUGAAGGUGUAGGAAGAAUGUUUAUUCUUCAGUCCAAGGAGGUAAUUCACAACCAGCUAUUAGAGAAACAGAAAAUAGCAGAAGAAAAAAUCAAAGAUCUGGAACAGAAAAAAUCCUAUCUUGAGAGGAGCGUGAAGGAAGCUGAGGACAACAUCCGGGAGAUGCUGAUGGCUCGAAGGGCACAGUAGGAAUUCUCUAGGGGAAGCUCUUCCUCUGGACCCCUUCCCUUCCUGGGAAGGGAGAAGUGGUCUGUGCCAGUAAACAGCCUCUCUUCUGCUCAGAUGGACAUUUUCUCUGGAUGGCCUAGGAACCCUCCUCACCCGACCCCACCCCACCCCCACUUUCUGCGUUAGCUGGGGUCCCUUUGCAGAUCCCAAACUUGUAUUUUUUAUCCUGGCUCUGCCUGCCACCCCUGCCCUAAGACACUCCUCUCUCUCCUGGAGGUGGGUCAGGAACUCCUAGGAAAGGGAAGAGGAGAGCCAGGACAGACAGGGAAGCUCUGCUUGAGUCUACCACUAGACAUGCUGGUCCCACAAUAAAAGGUAUCUGUCCAUUGUGCUAAGUCUGCUAUUCUUGAGCUGAGGGACGAGAACAGAAGGCCAGCGAGGCAGUGGCCAUCUUCCAUGUUCCUCCGAGCCCCUCUCCAGGGCUGUGGCCCUGGUCCUUCUGCAUUGAAACCUUUCCCUGCUUGGGAUUGUGAUCCUGCCCUCUUCUCAUUUCCUUUUCUGUUCAGGUUAAACCCAUCAACUUCUGGGCCUCCAUGUAGCAUAUAGAUAGGGAAGAAGGAAUUACCAGGGUAUAGCUGAAUUUAAAUGAACAGAAUAGUAGUUCUAUGACAGUUUGCCUAAAGAUUCCUUCCCCUACUUUCUUCCAAAUAUUCCAAAAGAAACUUCAGUAAUUAACCAGCAGCCUCUCUAAGGCUGUUUCCCUUCAGCCAAAAUCAUAAGGAAGGUAGAUGCUACAAUCCUGAGGCCUCCCAGAGGCUUAGGGGCACUGGUGUGCUGGAACUGCCUUGCACCAGCUUGCAAGAGCUGAUUAUUAAAUGUUCAGGAAUUUUGUCGCAAGCUGGUUGUUAAACACAGGCAUUAUUGAAAAUUAAAUUAUGUAAAUUUACAAUUAAAUAUUAAAAGCAAGGAUGAUAAAUAUGAAAACUCAUCACUUCCUAAUUUAGUACAUUUUAUCAUUUUCUGCAUACUUAAGGGUAAUAGUUGUUGUGUCUGGAUAAUGCUGCACUUUUCUUCCCAAUGGCACGGUCACUGACAUCAUGUUGGUAGCUUGAAAUCAGCCAUGGUGGGAACAUUUAUACCACAGAAUCUGGGAAAUGCUACAAAAUCAUGGCUUUUUUUUUUUUUUAAAGAAAGAGUGAGCUGGUAAACAUUUAUCAGCACACCACAGAGGGCAGACAGACAGGCUGGAGUUAUCAACUGCAGCAUCUCAGUGCUGGCAGAGCCGAUCAAGCUGAAGGUAAAAUCUGACUUGCUGCUAUGGCAGUCCAGCGCCACCCUGCGGCCAAAGCUGAGAUGGGCGGCCUGGCCGACAGUUGGAUUCAGGCUAGCCCUGCGUGUGUGCGUGAGUGUUUUUGCCUACGUAUAUGGGGGUGGGGGGCAGCGAGUGGAAAGGGGCAGCAAGGAACAGCCAGCCCACAUUUACCACAGAGGCUGCUUUCCUAGGCUCUCGGAAAAUGUAAAAAGCGCCUCUUCAGACACUGGACAGUGAUGCCUGAGAUACCCAUGUUUUGUAAGCCUUAACCUGGGUUUAGGUGCACAGGUGAGCAGUUAUGGCAUAGACACACAAACCCAGGACUUAGAUUAUAUCUGGAAUAAUUUAGACAGUUGAGGUUUGAACAGAUUUAUUGAAACAUACAGGGUGUUAGAGAAAUUCAUUCAGUAGUGUAUUACAUCUUGCCACACUACCUUGAAUGUAUCAUUUAAAAAUUAUAGUAUUUCAUAACUAAGUCUUUGACCAAAAAAUAAAAGGAGAAUCUUUUAGCACAUUUGUUAAAAACCAAAAAGAACCAGAUUUUGAACAUGAAAAAUCAAGUCACUGAAUUAAACAGCAGCAAUCCCUGCUAAUCUAGAAUCCCAUCGUGUUUAAGGUAGAGGUUCUGUGUGGAGCUAGUCAUUUGUUACAGCGAUCAGAAGAGGUGGGGGCAGGCACACCCCUCAGAGGUGGUGGCAGAGCUGCAGGACAGGAAGGCUGGGCUGGUCAGGUGAGCAUGUCCCAGAGGCAGCAGCAGCAGAGUGCAGUCCAGCAGGCCGUGAGGCAGGUGGAUGAGCCCAGGUCAUCCCUUCUUUGGUCUUCCACAACAUACACUGAAGGGGGGAGAGAGAGAGGCUGAGAGUGAGCGGGCUCAAAGUCCAGGCCCCGCAGAGCCAGAGCCUCCCCUGCCCAAGGAAGGGCUCCAGCAAUUGAAGGCUAGUAAGCAGACAGUGCAGCCUUUCUACUCUUGCCAUUGCUGAUGGCGGAUGGGUGGCUCAGCUCAUGACUACCUUUCCCUCCUCUUCCUGUUGCUGUUCUAGACUAAGGAUACUCUCACCCUUGCAGGGACAAGUGCUCGGGACCUUUAAGAACGGCCUCACACCAAGGCAACUAGGGUGGAGAUAGUUGAGAACUGUCCAUUGCUGUCUGGGCCAGAGUUGGCUAACCCUUCUUGGCUUAUAAACCAGCGGGCACACAGGAACUGGCUGGGGCAUUUCUUCAGAUAGAGCUAAGCUAUCACCCAAGGAAAAGAGAGUGGCUGGGAUUAAAACCUCCUAAAAAGGGGCGUUAGGCCUUAAAAGGGUAACUAAAAACCCUGGUUUUUCAUACCUGGACAGUGCACUGUAUUAUGUGUUCCUAACCUUUCCACUUGAUGAUCAAAGCCCUCAGAACCAAAGCAAUAAGGAAAGCAGAGAUGAAAACCAGGUCAAGUGGGACUGACAGGGUGGGUGUCCCCUGAGCCUGGCAUUUCUGAUUUUCUUCAGAAUGUUCUAGAAUUGGAACUCAGCCCUAAAUGCUCCAUUAAGACUUGAUUGCUAACCACUCUUUCUUUACUUAUGAGCUAAACUGCUGCAUGUGUCAGCCUCUCUUCCUGCAGGGUGUAUAUUUAAAAUGGCUGAAAGUAAACCUCAGCCUUAGAGGAUCUGUGGCCUCUUUUUAAAAAUCUCAAAAUCAUCAUCAUCAAAUUCAUGGUUAUGAGCAGUUAGGAUUUUCAACUUUUUCCAAGUACACAAACACAUGAUCUUAUAAAUUAAACCAUUUCUUUGGCAA